AUGGCGGACCCGCCGUCCGACCCCGAGCAGCCUGCGCAGCAGGGCAGCCCCCCGGAGCCCCCCGCCGUCCCGUUCACGGCGCCCCCGGAGGCGCCGCUGCAGGCGGAGCUGGAGACCCCGAGGAGCCCGGAGAUGCUGGCGGCCCUGGGCUGGCCGCAGGGCGCCGGGCUGGGCCAGUACGAGGAGCCGCCAGGCAGCCUCGCGUACCAGCCGUACCUGGACGAGAACCUGAUGCUGGAGCAGCUGCAGCAGGGCCAGGGCAGCCUCUUCCAGCAGCUGGAGUCCGCCUUCCAGGACGCGCAGCCCGACGCCCUGGCCCAGUACCACGCCUACCAGCGGGAGGAGCAGCCGUUCCAGCCGUACGGCGGGGCGCAGCACGGGCCCUACAUGAGGGACGACCCUUCCCUCCAGUUCUCGCCCUCCGAGCUGGGCUUCGUGCCCUACGACGUGGAGGUGUCGGAGCCGGAGCCCCGGGAGCUGGCCGUGCAGAACGCCAAGGCGUACCUGCUGCAGACCAGCAUCAGCUGCGACCUCAGCCUGUACGAGCACCUGGUGAACAUGCUGACCAAGAUCCUGAACCAGCGCCCGGCGGACCCCUUGUCCAUCCUGGAGUCGCUGAACCGCACCACUCAGCUGGAGUGGUUCCACCCCAAGCUGGACUCACUGCGGGACGACCCCGAGAUGCAGCCCACCUACGAGAUGGCCGAGAAGCAGAAGACACUCUUCAUCAAGGGCGGCGGCGUCGAGGGCGAGCAGGAGAUGGAGGAGGAGGUGGCGGACACGGCCGUGCCCAACCUCAUGGAGUCGGCCUUCUACUUCGAGCAGGGCGGCGUGGGCCUGAGCUCGGACGAGAGCUUCCGCGUCUUCCUGGCGCUGAAGCAGCUGGUGGAGCAGCAGCCCAUCCACACGUGCCGCUUCUGGGGCAAGGUCCUGGGCCUGCGGCGCAGCUACCUGGUGGCCGAGGUGGAGUUCCGCGAGGGCGAGGAGGAGGUGGAGGAGGAGGAGGUGGAGGAGCUGAUGGAGGGCGCCGACCUCACCGCCGAGGCGCACGGCGGCGAGGAGGAGGGCGAGGAGGACGAGGAGAAGGCGGCCGACGUGCUGCCCAAGCUGCAGUGGAGGCCGCCGCCCGUCAUCCCGCGGGAGGAGAGCCGCUCGGGCGCCAACAAGUACCUGUACUUCGUGUGCAACGAGCCGGGCCGGCCCUGGGCGCGCCUGCCGCACGUCACGCCCGCGCAGAUCGUGCAGGCGCGCAAGAUCAAGAAGUUCCUCACCGGCUUCCUGGACGCGCCCGUGGUCAGCUACCCGCCCUUCCCGGGCAACGAGGCCAACUACCUGCGCGCCCAGAUCGCGCGCAUCUCGGCCGCCACGCACAUCAGCCCGCUGGGCUUCUACCAGUUCAACGAGGAGGAGGGCGACGAGGAGGAGGAGGGCGGCGCCGGGCGCGACUCCUUCGAGGAGAACCCCGACUUCGAGGGCCUCCCCGUGUUCGAGCUGGUGGACUCCAUGGCCAACUGGGUGCACCACAUGCAGCACAUCCUCCCGCAGGGCCGCUGCACGUGGGUGAACCCUUUGCAGAAGAAGGAGGAGGAGGAGGAGCUCGGGGAGGAGGAAGAGAAGGGCGAUGAGGGGAUGGAGGAGGCGGAGCAGGAGAUUGGGCCGCCCUUGCUGACGCCACUCUCAGAAGAUGCAGAAAUCAUGCACAUGUCGCCCUGGACCGCCCGCCUGUCCUGCAGCCUCUGCCCGCAGUACUCCGUGGCUAUCGUGCGCUCCAACCUCUGGCCCGGGGCCUACGCCUUCGCCAUGGGCAAGAAGUUUGAGAACCUGUACAUCGGCUGGGGCCACAAGUACAGCCCGGACAACUUCAACCCCAUGCUGCCGCCGCCCGUCCAGCAGGAGUACCCCAGCGGCCUGGAGAUCAUGGAGAUGAGCGACCCCACGGUGGAGGAGGAGCAGGCCCUGAAGGCCGCCCAGGAGCAGGCGCUGGCGGCCGCGGAGGAGGAGGAGGAGGACGAGGAGGAGGACGAGGACGAGGACCCGGACGACUGA